CCCGGAUUUUGACCCAACAUGGCGGCAAUUCCAAACAUCGUAUCGUCUGAUUCCACAGUUUUUCCGUUACGGUGAGGCGUAGAGAGGUAUGAGAAGAUUCAAAUUUUCAAGAUGAGUCAGAACGGACUGUUCCAUGACGUUGAGGGGUGGGGACCUGACACAUGUGCGGAGAAACUUCACACUGUACUACCCAAACUCAUCGCUGGCCUCAAUGGGGAUAAGGAUACAAGAAAGCAAGCAGCUCACUUCAGUGCAAUCUGUAAGAAAUUUCUGGCACAUGUGGACAUCAAUGAUGUUGAGGUAGUCAUUUAUGCUGAUGCUAUGCCAAAGGUUUGUGCUGUGUUUGAUAGAAGCUUGGCCGACAUCUCAGAGCUGCUAGCCCAGCAAAGUCCAACACCGUCCUCACAGUCUAGCCAGGGGAAUACAACAAAGGAAGGAGUUACAGACAAUAUUCAGGUACUAGAUGAGUUGAUAUGCAGUUUGGAAAAGUGUAUUGUCCAUGCUGCCAGGACUGACCAACCUAGGGUGCUGGACAGUCAUUCUCUGGUGGCCACAGCAUUACAUGUCAUCAAGGGAACAUUCAGACAUUGCAAGGACAGUCAUGAGUCCUAUGGUAAAGUGUUUCCUCUGGUGUCUGAGUCUCUCAGUUGUCUGUUUAAGAAAGCCUACAGCCUGCAAAAGGUGUUGAUGGCUUUGAUUGACAAGCUGCAGCUGUCAUCAGACAGUUCAGAGGAGGAUGUUACUGACAUGGUGGCGGUGUGUCAGGGCUUUCACAUUAUCGGCUGUACGGUCUCUGGGGUGGACGCAAGUCUACUGGUCACUACCUGGAAGUUCCUGGCAAAGCAGCUGACCAAGCACAAAGAAGUACUGAAGAAUCAUAUAGACAUGGCACCUCUGGUCAAGACACUGUGCUCUGAAGUAGGGACCAACUGCAAGUACUGUGUGGAACUGGCUUCUAAAGAUGCUACAGAUAGACAGAACGGAUGUGGAGACCAGAAGUCACACACCAGAACCCUGAAAAUCUGUCGUUUUUUCAUGCAGUGCCUCAUGUGCCUUAUAAAGGACUACAAUGGUUAUUUAGGGUCUUGCAUAAAGGAAAUAUUCCAUGUCAUCUUGGAAAUGCAAAGUCUCCUGCCCCCCAGUUUGUCAGCCCCUCCACUGUCUUCUACUGCUGCAGAGGAAAUGAAGGCCACACUCCUGGUGGGAAUCGAACCCAUGAUCCAACAUCUCCUGGAUAACAGGGAUUUCAUCCAGCUGGUCACAGGACAGAGCAACGAUCUUCCCAGUCAACACAAUUUCCCCCUGUGCCUUCUUCAACUCAUGGUUAUGGACCUUAUUCCAAAAUGCUCAGAUGAACAGAAAGACCAGUGGGUUGCUCCAAAGAUCUAUCCAGAGGAUGAGCCAAGAGAUUCCAUACUUGUGUCCUUGUUCAGCACUCUCAAGAAAUGUUAUACAGAACUGACCCUACCAGUUUACCUUCCUGGAGUUAUGUGCAAUGGAAUGCCACAAAGAGAUGUGAGCCUGUAUGAACAUGUCUGCACACACCUGUGUGGGUUUGCUGCCUCCCUACCUGCACGGCACUUCUCCCUGCUUGAGAAAUGUCUACUGGACAACGUUCUGGGCACAAACCUGCACUGUGCACUGGUCGCUACUGAUGUCUGGUGCUUCGUGGCAAGAUAUGGAACAGCUGAACUGUGUGAACAGCAUGUGCACGUGCUGACCAAGCUGCUGUGCCAGCUGCCCAACAGCUGUCAGCACCUGCAGCUGCACCUGCUGCUGAGGAGACUGGUACCUCUCAUGGCAGAACCUCAUCAGGAGAAGUUUGUGCAGACAUACCCACCAGCAAAGUACCCCUCGCUUUGGGUACAUCUACCUCCAGUGGCUUUUGUUCCCAAGUUGAGAGCAGUUAUCUGUGGAGAGAGUGUGAGCUAUGCCACCCCUGUGUGCCAGAAAUGGCUCGGUAUCCAAAGGAAGACUCUGGGGACACUGCCUGAUCUGCACCUGGCCCUGUGUGUUCUGUGCAACGUGUACUCAUCGUCUGUGCGGCAGACUUCGCCCCUUCAGUCCUCAGCGCCAGUGUUACACGCAGUGUCCAGACUGUGGGACGUGAUCUCUGCCUCUGGAGCAGCCAAACACAGGACUGUGGAAGUCGUAGCUGUCAAACUGGUCCAACUCACAGGGUAUCUUUUGGGGCAACUGGUUCCAGAGGAUGUUAUCAAGGUUUUGUGGAGAGUGAGCCAGUGGUUGAAGACUUCCCCGCCCCAGUCUGUAAAGUUGUCUAUCACAACGCUCCUGGGUAGAGCAGGGAAGGUCACUCUACCCCCCUCCCCACAACAGAACCAGCUACAGGAGCUACUGGCCUCCCUGUUUUCUACUCUGCUGCAGGAUAACAGUUGGGUGGUGCAUCACCAUGCACUGGAGGCCUUCUCUACAUUUGCAGAGGAGACCCCCUAUGAAUCCAUCCUGCCAAAGUGCCUUCAGAACGAACAAGUCAAGAGCAGGGCGAUGGACUUCAUCAAAGGGGUGCCCUUCAGCAGCAAUGAUCUCCCCCCUUGGAACUCUGAAACCAUCACCCAGCAGCAGAGAAGAAUAGAAGCCUUCAAAGAGAAAAGACUUUCUGACAUUUCCUCAAGACUGGAAGAAAUGCAGUCAGCAUCAUCUGUGGAGGAGUCACCUGAACAGCCUUCGGCAAAACGAAUCAAGCAAGACACUGAUUCACCAACCUCAACCAAAGAUGACUCUACAGAUCUAAAAGAAGAAGACUUAAGAACGAUCACAAACAGAUUGAAUAAGGACAUUGCAAAACUGGAGGAGUUUUCUGUAUGUGAAUCCAAACCAGACUGGUACAAGGAGGAGUUGAAAUCACUGCACCAAAGACUUGGGCUAUUAUUCGAAGGUUCCUAACAU